AUGCUCAAGCGGAAGGUGACGACCGAGAUGAAGCAGAAAUCUUUUCGGCUUCGUCUUGUCAUCCGCCGGCAUGGCCUGCCCGAGGUGCGCGUCGUUUUCAGCCUCUCCCUCGAGAAUGACCCGACGAUUGCCAAGCUCCUCGAGCAUGUCAACGACACCGUUCCCCUCGAGAGCACCGACUGGGGCCUGGAGGACUACGUGGUCGAGCUGAGAGACCACGCGGGCCACGCUUUCGAGUGCCUUCAUUUCCAGGAAGUUCAGACCGUUCUGAGCCAAGACGAGGAGGUCUUCAUCCGGCCAUUGCUUACAGAAGACCGGAAGAAGCGACUGCUCAGUGGGAGAGACCAGAUUUCCGCCGGUGGCAAGCACCUCAUCGACGGCGUGGCCUUUGGCCGACCGCGGCUCAAGGCACCCAGAGGCCGGCCUCCAAUCAAAAUUCCUCCCUUGAAGCGCCGCAGAAUAACAUAUGACGAAGCCGAGGAAGAAGACGAAGGAGAGGACGACGACGAUUAUCAGCCCAUGCUGCUUACAGAGCACGGCGAAGACCCCGAUGACCCUCUGAAGGUCGUGGUCUCGGCAACCUUUGACGAUGCCGAUGACGAGGACGAAGAGGGCGAGAAUGGCGGCGAGGAAGGGGCAGACGGGGUCGACGACAUGGAACCAGAUUCCGACGAAUCCAACCUCGAUGAUGAGGUCCGCGACCUCCAGAGAGACAUAUCACAGUACGGUGAAUAUGACCAGGGCUCUGUUUCAGAGACGCACUCAUUUCCCGGUAUCGAGGAUAGUGUCAUCGACCUGGCUGGGCUAAGCAAGAUUACGGCUCUGCGGGCGGCAUUUCCCGAAGCAGAUGCCGGCGUUUGCGAAAAGAUGCUACGUCGUAGCAAGAACAAGGUGAAAAGGGCGUACAAGAAACUCCGCAAGUCUUACGAGCCGCAGAUGAGACUUAAGGAGAUGCGGAGAUACCUCAAGUCCCUGGAUGCACCAGCGCCCGAACCCUCUCCCGAGGUUGAGGAGGACGGGCAAGAGGACGGUGAGGAAGGCGAAGACAUGGGAGAUAUGGUGGACGCCGGGGACGUGGGGGACGUGGACGACAUGGAAGACGACAGCGAGGCCGAAUCGGUGGACUCGCUGGUCAAACACUAUGACCAGCAUGGCUUUCCAGCCGGGUCAAUCCUCGAGGGCACGGCCUCGACUCACAUGGCGGAAAACCUCCGCAAGUCUGGCAAAUUUGUCAAGCUCCCUGUCCACACCAAGUUCGACGGCGAAGACAUAUCCGCGGGAGCAUCACCGACUGCAGAAGUCGCUACCAGCGAUAGCGAAUCCGCAGAGGACGACAACAAACCCGAGGGCGAAGAAGAGGUCAAUUCCUCGGAGUCGGGCGCAGAUCUGACAAGCUCCUCGGAAAGCGAAUCCGAAUCUCCAGACGAUCAAGAUGACGAGGAAGUAUCCGAUGCCAACGACGACAACGAUAGUCAAAGCGGCGGGGAUUCCGGGCCUUCGUCAGGCAUCGAUGACGACGACGAUAGCGGGCCAGAAGUCGCUUCCUCCAAACCCCCCAAGCCCUCCGAUGGUGGUGGAAGCAGCAACGACAGUGAUGGGCAAAGCGGCGGCAGUGGAUCUAGCGAUGACUCCAGCGACAGCAGUGAGGAGGAGGGUGACGGCGGAGGUCAGGGCGAAGAGGGUGAGACAGGGGGUGCAUCCCUUGUCGACCAGAACGACUCCGACAGCUCAUCAGACAGCUCAUCAGACAGCAGUGAUGAUGAGCCGGACCCCGAAUCCGAGUCGAAGACAGGAGCCACAGCACCACUCGCCGCGUCUGCACCUCGAAAUACACCAGGCGCGGUCAAUAUGACAUCCGCACGGGUACCCCCUGGAGAGGGUUUGUCUAGGACACAAGCCAGGAACGCCAGGAGGAAGGCUGCCCAGAAAGCCAAGAAGGUGGCCGAAGCAGGCGGCCUCACAGACGCGGCAUCACAGUCCUCCGCCCCUGCUCGCCAAGAUGCAACCCAAGCUUCAUCGCUUGGCGCCGGUGGCUUGUCCCUAGCCGAAAGGAAACAAGCCCUUCUCUCGAGCCUCGACGGUCCCUUGGACCAGGAUAUACCGCCCAGCCAGUCCGCCACACCGACACACCCACCACCCGAGGUUGCCCAGAAUGGGGCCUCCGACCUGGCGGCCUCGUCGACGCAGCGCAAAUCCAAGUUGGAUAUCUCGGCGGGUCGACGCAUCCUCUUUGGUGCACUCGGGAUCCGCAACCCAAAGACAAAGUCCGACGAGGACAAGAUCCGCGCGGACCUCAUGAAGGGCGUCCGCCCGUUGAUCAACUCCCGUGUCGCCGAAGCGCAAGGACGGCCGUCGGCCGACGGUGAGGAUGGCAACGACCAGUCGGUAGAGGACGACCCCGAAGCUUGGCGAAGCAAAAUCGCUUACCGUGCGGUAGAAUGUUGCCAAGACGGCGUUGACCUCUCCGAACCCCCCUUUCCGUUCGUCCAGCGAUGGGAUCCGCAGCAGCAAUGGUACUGGCACGAUAAGGGGGACCAGCGGGGCGGACGGGCGAAGCGCAGGAGGCGUAAUCAGCGCGACUUCUACGACGACGGAGACGACGGAGAAGAUGACGGACGAGGGGCCAAGAAGCGGAAGUUCCACGACGAGGGAUUCGCCGAGGAAUUCGACGGCCAUGACAACAUGCGGGUCAAUAUGACUCUCAACUAUGAUGACGACGAUGUUCCCGAACAAGAACCCGAGAAGCAGGACGCGGAACACAGCCAAUUCACAGACUUGGACGACUUGCCAUCCCUUCCCCCGGACCUGUCAAGCUUGCCUCAGUUGGGGCCGGGCCGGGCGAAGGACGGCAUGGUGAUAACAUGGAAGCAGUGGCUCCUCUCCAAGGCCACCAACUGGCAGCCCACCCUGUCCAACCUCACCGCCGUCGUUGUCAACGGUGGGUCCACCAGCAUCCGAGUGAUUCUCGCCAGACGCGAUCGCAACCUGGCCGGGAACGAGAAGACGUAUGACGAGAAUGGGAGCCGGGUCUACGAUAGGUUCGAAGGGCCGGAUCUUGAAGACGAGGACGCCGACGCCGACGAAGGGGUCGAGGACGGUUACCGAACCAUGGAGUACUCUGAGAUGAUCGAGCCGCGGAUCUUGCAGGAGCCGCUGCCGUCGCUCCAACCAUCUACCCUCGAGCAUAUUGCCGAGACUGCGGGCGAAGAUGAAGACAUUCCAAGCGCAGACGAUCGAGAGGUGAUCGGCGACUCGAACAGCGAGGAGACAGGGAUGAAUGGCGACAAAUCCACUACAUUGGGCCAUGAAGGGGCUGAAAAAGACGAUGAAGCGGCUCAGCAGACUGGUGGCGACAUUGCCGACUCGAGCGAGAGCAUCAUCCCCGAGACGCUUCCUGCGGGCGACUCGCUGCAGCAGGAACUUGUUCAGUCCGACAUUGCUGGCCACUCCGAGGGCGACAUUUCAAUCUCGGAUGACCGACGAGACGAGAUCAGCCUCCUUAUCUCCACCGCCGGGUUCCGUAAAGACGUAUCGCCGUCUAUUUUGAAGGAGGUGCCGUUCGACAGCCCAUCCGAACAGCUGAGAGAGAUGUCGGAAAGUGCCGCGGCGAGGGACUCCCUCCAGGCCUCCGGUUCGCCUUCUGCUACUCCCCGGCAUACCGUUGCCAGCUCCCGACGGGCUCUCGUGGCGCCGUUCGACGGCGGCGGAGAUGACGGUCAGCUCCCGAAGAACGCGGACGUCAACGUCGCUCCGAAAGCCGCGGCGUAUCCGAAGCUAAACGUCCCUCCCUCGUCUGCGAGCAGCAUCCACAGCGGGCGGCAGCCGGAUGGGGACUUUGGCGUCAUCGAGUGGGCCGCCGACUCGUUCGACCCGCUGGAGGACACUGCCGACGAAUCCGUGAUCCUGGGCAACACGGGGCCAGGGAAGCCCACCAGCCGCGGAUCCCCGAUCAAGCCACAGGAGCCUGUCAUAAACGACGCCAGUCCGGCCUCGGUCACCUCGUUGCCAUCGCUCAACGAAAUCUACUCUACGGCCAGAACAUCCCGCAAUGACCGUAGUCCAUCCAAGGCUACAGCGAUACCGGCAACCAAGAGUCGCAAGCCCGAGAUAAUCCGGGACCGCGAGUAUGAGGAGAUAAUGAGGCGUCUCGACGAGGGCGAUGAACAGUCGAAUGAUGAUGCGGAUCACAGUAACCUUCGCCUCCCGUCCCAGGGCACGUCGGCGCUAGACGCGGGAGCACGCCCAGGAUCGCGACACGCAAUCAACUGUGGUCCCAUUCUACCACCAGGGGGGGAAGUUGUGCCGAAGAAAGAACCGGCCACGCGCUCCUCGCUACCCUCCCCAAAGUCAAAGAUCGGCCGACGCGCACGGAAGCAGCAGCAGCAGCAGCAGCAGCAGCAGGCGCCCCGGUCGGUCAUUCCGCCGGGCUCGCAGGUGGUGUCGCUCCUGUCCAGCAGCCCGGAGCCCGAGGUGGCGGAGCACUACGCCGACGACGACAUCGACAGCACGUACGAGGAUGAGGACGGGGAGAAGACGACCACCACCCCGCUGCCCAACGGCUCUGGCUGGGUCAAUAAGUCGGCGGGCGGCCGUGGCACUGGGAUCCAGGCCCGCCACUACGAGCCGUUCGGCGUGUGCCUCCCCGCUUCUGCUUCUAUUCGUGGCCCGGACAGGGCCGCGGGCUCCCAGCCUCCCAGGCCGCGGAGACGAAGAAAGGCGACACCAUCGCCGCCGGUAGCCUCCGAGAUUGCUGUUAGCCCUCAUCCGAUGAGGACGCGGAGGAAGACGUCGGUGAGGGUUUGA